AGUUCAUUGAGGCUGAGUAGGGACACAGGGUGGAGCCCUGCUGAGGACACAACUGGUACGACUACAGUCACAGAGGCUCCAGUGUGUGUCCCAGACCUCAGGAUUUUGUGAAUGGAAGAAGAUUUUCCUGGAGCCAUGCUAAGAGAUGAACAACUCAAGUACUCCUAGGCCCAGGAAGAAAGCCUCUCUAGAGACAGAUGUCUUCAUUAUUCUUGGCCAAUAUGGGUCAAGACAAGGGGCUAAGGUGGCAGAAGCUUGUUCCAUCCCCCACCCCCUGACUCCUUUGGAUCAGGUUCACCUCCUGGGCACUGUGCCAGCUGGGGAGGCUGGUGCAUCUUUAAUGAAGUCACUGGAUCCCUCGGACAGGCUCUUGGCCUCACCAAGUUCCCAGAGCCAGACUCACUGGUACCCACUGAGCCACCACCUUCCUGUGCUUGUGUGCCAGGCCCCUUCCCCCUGCAGCCAUGAACCAGGCCUUCUGGAAAACCUACAAGUCCAAAGUGCUACAGACCCUGAGUGGGGAAUCUGAGGAAGACCUGGCAGAGGAGAGGGAGAACCCAGCAUUAGUGGAGUCUGAGACAGCAGAAUCAACUGAGGAGAACUUCAAUCCCAUGUCACAGCUGGCCCGCCGGGUUCAGGGGGUCGGGGUGAAAGGCUGGCUGACAAUGUCAUCUCUGUUUAACAAAGAAGAUGAAGAUAAGCUGCUGCCACCAGAGCCUUGUGCUGACCACCCUCUGGCGGCGCGACCCCCCUCGCAGGCGGCGGCGGCGGAGGCGCGCGGCCCGGGCUUCUGGGACGCGUUCGUCAGCAGGUGGCAGCAGCAGCAGGCGGCGGCGGCGUCCAUGCUGCGCGGCACCGAGCCCACUCUGGAGCCGGACCCCGAACCCGCGGACGAAGCCGCAGAGGAGGCCGCAGAGCGCUCCGAGUCGCAGGAGGCCGAGCCGGUGGCCGGCUUCAAGUGGGGCUUCCUCACCCACAAACUGGCCGAGAUGAGGGUGAAGGCUGCGCCCAAGGGUGACUAGCGGGCUGGCCGAACCCCGCGCUCGCUGCUCCCACCCCUGAUAAAAAUCCUGGCCCGACA